AAGACAGGCUGCAAGGAAUUCCAUUCCUGUUGAAAUCCGUGAUCCCUUGGUGGAGACAGCUCCUUCCACUUGGUGUGAUUUCUUCUGUGUGACUUUGCGAGGGGCUCUGGUAUUACUGCUAAAUGUAUGGCUCACAGAGGGAACAGCACAAGGCAGAAGGAAGCAAGCUGACUGGCUCACAGACGGGAAAGAGAGAGGAGCCCACAGCACAGCAACUGGCUUCCCUCUAGAGCGUGCAGUUUUGAAGUCAGCAAAACUGAAAUCAAAUUACCAUCAUAUUGUGUGGGUGAAGGAUUAAAGAGACGGGACUACCGACUGGCUUAAUGAGGAUGAAGGAUCCAGUAAGUCAAAGAACAACCAAGUCCAUCUAAUGUCUGGAUUCUGAAGCCUCGUUUCAGGUUGAGAAAUGGAUAUUCUUGCAGAAGAGGAUAGCUCUGUGACCCCAACUACAAACUCUUUAAUACAAUUAAACCAUGACGGAAGACUUUACAAACCUGAUUUCCUCUCUGGAGAGAAUAAUACUUCUGAUGCCCUUAACUGGACGGUGGAUGCUGAAAAUGGCACAAACUUCUCCUGUGAAGGUGGCCUGGCGCCCCCAUGUUACUCCUUACUUCAUUUCCCGGAGAAAAACUGGCCCGCAUUGCUGACAGCUAUAGUAAUUGUUCUCACCAUUGCUGGAAACAUACUUGUCAUCAUGGCAGUCACGCUGGAGAAGAAACUGCAGAAUGCCACCAAUUACUUUCUGAUGUCACUUGCCAUUGCUGAUAUGCUGCUGGGUUUCCUGGUGAUGCCAGUGUCAACAUUAACCAUCUUGUAUGGGUAUAAAUGGCCUUUGCCCACAAAACUCUGUGCAGUCUGGAUUUAUCUGGAUGUGCUUUUCUCCACUGCUUCCAUCAUGCAUCUCUGUGCAAUCUCCUUGGACCGCUAUAUUGCUAUUCGGAACCCCAUUCAUCACAGUCGCUUUAACUCAAGAGCUAAGGCAUUUUUGAAAAUAAUUGCUGUUUGGACCAUAUCAGUAGGUAUAUCAAUGCCAGUUCCAGUCAUUGGCCUACAAGAUGACUCCAAAGUCUUUAAAGAAGAGAGCUGCUUAUUGGCUGAUGAGAACUUUGUCCUGAUUGGCUCUUUUGUGUCCUUUUUCAUCCCCUUAGCCAUUAUGGUGAUCACUUACUUUUUAACAAUAAGGACACUUCAGAAAGAAGCUACUUUAUGUGUGAAUGAUGUUGGCACAAAGAACAAAUUGUCAUCUUUCAGCUUCCUCCCUCAAAGCUCCCUGUCUUCAGAAAAGCUCUUCCAGCGCUCCUUGCACAAGGAACCUGUGUCUUAUGGAAGAAGGACUAUGCAGUCUAUCAGCAACGAACAAAAGGCUUCCAAAGUCCUUGGUAUUGUUUUCUUCCUGUUUGUUGUAAUGUGGUGCCCCUUCUUCAUCACCAAUGUGAUGGCAGUCAUCUGCAAGAAGUCAUGCAAUGAAAAUAUCAUUGGAAUUCUGCUGAAUGUAUUUGUUUGGAUUGGUUACCUCUCUUCUGCUGUCAAUCCAUUAGUGUAUACACUAUUCAAUAAAACUUAUCGGUCUGCUUUUUCUCGUUAUAUCCAGUGUCAGUACAAGGAGGACAAGAAACCUCUUCAGUUGAUUUUAGUGAACACCAUACCUGCAUUAGCUUACAAUUCUAGGCAAGUCCAAGUGACACAAAAGGAUGAACAGAAAGACUCUGAGGUGACAGAUAAAGACUACACUGGGAUUGAUAUCGGAAUACACAAUUUAGAUAAUUCACCCAAGGACAGUGUCAUCCCAGUGAAUGAAAAGGUUAGUUCUGUGUGAUCAUGCUAGACAGUGAGCUGCUACUAUAGCAACCAUGGAGUACAGACUGAGAACGUGUUCACCUAACUGAAAAUAGAAAGACACUUGGAAAAAUUAGUCCAGUCUAAUAGACCCAUCAAUAGCAUCAACAUACUCCUAAUGUUAUUCUGUCAAUGGAAAGCAGAGUUAAAUACCACAAGAAUUGCAUCUUUUUAAAAAAAUAAAAGAAAUUCAUAAAGAAUUUCAGCUAUUUUAAACAUAGCCUUUACUAAACUUAUUUUUUAAUAUCUUAAAAAAUAUAUUUCUUAAAGGCAAAUACCAUUUAUGGUAUAAUUUUAAUGAUGGCCACAAAUAAAUCAAUUUUGAUAUUUUUAUUUUGAAAAUGAAAACUGUGCUGCUGUGUCAUUUAUUGACAGCAUAGAAUUGAAUUAGUUACUUUCUAGUAUAAUUAUUAAUAAAAAGAAAUUUGAAGAUAAUGAAUAUUUUUAGAACCUUUGGAAUAAAGGAUAAUGUUAAUUAAUCUGUUGACAUAUAUACUUUGAAAAAACCACCCAGGGUACUUCUCUUAUAAUAACAAUAAUAAUAAUAACUAUACUGAUGAAAUAAUUAUAUAGAAAAUUUGGUAAUAUUUUAUUAAUAUUAUUUAUUCAGAUGUCAUUCUAAAAUAUAAGUGAGCUCUCUGCUAUUUACCAUAUGCUGCAUUUCAAGUUAAUUUUCCUCAAAAGUUGUAAAAUGUUAUUUAGUUAAUAUUAUUUCCAGUUCCUUUAAAAUAUAUAUAUGCUUCAUUCUGAAUGUCUCCUGUGUCCUCAUGCUGGAUUUUGGAUAUAUCAUUGAAGGUACUUGUUCAUAUUACCAAAUAGAUUUAUAGAAAAUGUUUUUAGAAAAGAUUAUUCUUAAUAUAUCCUUUGAUUUUUCUGUGAUGCCAUGUCUUUAUGACAACAACAACAAAAAUGUUUUGGAAGUGAAUCAAAGCAGAUGAUGCUUGAUAACAACAUCUGAGGCCAAGUCUAAGAUCAUGCCACAUUGGAUGUGUUCAGUCAGUACAGCUGUCUUUACAAUCGAUACUAAUCAGCAGAAAUGAGCCUAUUCACAUUAGUCAUUAAAACAGCAGAAAUUAAAGAGAACUGAUGUCACCUUUAGUUCAUUUCACGUACAUUAACAAAAAGGUAACUUAUGAAACAGUUUCACCUCCUUUCAGUUUUCCUUCCCCAUUCCUACCUCUACCCUAACCCCAAAAUAUUUGUUAUUGAUACCUUGAGGGGAAUCCUAUAAACUAAAACCUACUGAUUAGUCAUUAAGGCAUUAGUUCACACUCUGUCUUUUUUUUAACACCUUGGCUAUUAGCUCCAGGCAGAAAACCAAAGCAACAAACAAAAGAGUAACAGAAAACAGUGGUCUUAUGCAGGAAGCAUCAUGAUGUAGGUGAAAGAGUUCUGGAUGUGGAGGUAGGGGACCCAGGUUCAAUCCUGACUAUUAGACUUACAAAUUCACAACUUUAGGUAGGUCACCUAACCUCCUUAGGCCUCAGCUUUCCCAUUUGCAAAAUGGGAAUUCAACAAGCAUUUAUUAAGUAUCUGGGGUUACAACAAUAUAAAACAUUACUUGCCUCAAAGAAAUGACAUUAUGCUGAAGAGGUGGCAACUAAGAUCCUUUCCAAUUCCAAGUCUGCAAUAGACCCAAUCUAUGUUGCUAAAAAAUGUAUUGUUUUACCUAAAGUUUUAUUCCUUCUUUCUAAGAGAAAAAAAGGCCUAUUUUUACAUUAUUAAGUAAUGCUAGACUAUGUAUAACAGCAGAGGAUCUGUUACUUCCUUAAAGGCUUUUCUGGUUUAGUGUUUUUUUUCCCCAAGGAUAUUUAAACAUAGGAUAUUCACACCUUGAUCGUGAAUCUUUCAACUAUUAUACUUGGUCAAAUAGUACUGUAGUUGCUGUUGAAAUAAAUAGGAUGAUAUGUGGUUACCAACAAGAAAGUCCCAUAUUGCCAAUUCUGUUAAGAUAUAAAGAAUUACUCACCCUCCCCACCCCAACCCCAGGUCUUCAGAACAUAUUCAAAUGAAUUAUGGGGAAGGAAGAAGUUGGAAUUCCUGGGGGGGGGGGGCGGGUUGCCAUUUCUGUCAUUUACAGCUGCUUUAAGGAUAAAUUCAGUAGUUAUGAUCUACCAGAUAUAUUGCUGACUGAAGUAAUGGUAAGGUAAUUCAAAAGCUAGAAUAUAUAGUAUACAGCUGGUACCAAGCCUGUAUUUGAACUGAAUUAUUCUUUAAUGGUUAUGUAGAUGUAUUGGAUAAAGUUCAAAUGCUACCAAAUUUCUUGUUUAAUGUAUUUUGCCUUAGUUUGUGAUGUUGCACAUCUUUCUAUGUAUAUUAGAGAAAAGUUGGAAUUCCUACCCUCGUAUAGCCUAUCUUGAAUUGAAUGUACAUAAUUAUUGCCUGACAGCUACCUGAUAACUAUAUAGGUAUUAUCAAUGUUCAUCAGUGUGUUUCUCACUCUCCAUGAAGUAUACAUCUUUUAUUAUGUAUAUAUAAAGAUGGUUAUGUAUAUAUGUAUAUAUACAGAUAUGUUCAGUUGAUCUAAUAUUUAUAUAUUUAUAUGGAGAGAGAGAAACUAAUGAAAAUACAUUGUAUUUAUAUAAAUAUAUAUACAUAUAUGGGCAUGUUUGUAUUUUGUAUAUUUCAAUGUGAAACUGUGUUCUAAGAUUUUGUAAUAUACCCCUUGACUGUCACAGCAGAUUAAAGUGAUAUAGUGUCAGCAGCUUUUUUAUAAACUGGAAGUUUGUCUUAAAUAAUUUGGAAACACAAUGUUAACAUAAUUGUGAUGGAAAUGAAAGAAUAUAGUUGCAUAUGGAUGUAUAUGUAUAUGUGUCUGAACACAUACAUAUAUAUGUACAAAUAUAUAUGUAUAUGUCAAUUCUUUAAGCAUCUGUGAUUCCAUGGCUCUGGGUGCUUCCUCCACCAACACAGAUGGACAGCAUACUCUUCAUACCGUGAUAAAUAGGUCUUUGUCAGUUGCUGUGACAUUCAUCACCCAGUGGCCAGUCUUCUAGAGUGGACCUUGGAGGAGAGACAUAUGGUCCUUUGCUGAUCCCGAACUCAAUGCUUUUUCAUCUUACAAGAAUCUACCAGAUAGCACCCUCCCCUGGAGUAGCCACUGAAACCACGGUUUCAUUCUACAUUAUAAUAAGGCAUUGAAGAAGAACUACUGUGGAGGCAGUUACAUAUAAACACAGGUAUUUGGUUUAUUGGUCUCAGAUAAACCAAAACCUUAGGGCACUUUAUAAUCUCAGUCUGGGGGUUUUCUGACUACUUUAUCUUUUCCAGUGAAUUCUUUAUUUUCCAUAAAGAUACGGACUCUUUGAGAAACUGAUAGAUCUUGAAAGACUGACUUUAAAGGAUUCACUCAACCAAUAGUAUUAUUCAUAUUAUUGUUUUAUUUUUUUUUCCUUUAGUAAAACUCAUAUGGUAAAUCCUUCUAACAUGAUGUAAAAGGAUAAAUGCCAUCACCAUCUCAAAGAAAAGUUCUCAGGAGCAGAAUGCAUAUAUUUAAUCUGCUUGACCACAGUGCCAUCUCAUGGUCAUUUUUAAAAGUGCUAUUCUAGCCAACCAAGUUACUGUGCUGCUUUUUAGCAAAUGGUGCUGUUGCCGUUUUGUGCGUCACUGGAAAGUAUUCAUAAAGCAUUGAAUUAUUCUGUAUGAUAUGAUAUGCAACAAGUACAGUACAAAUUAUUUUGUGUAUGGAGUUUGAUUAAAGCAAAUUUAGGACUUCAAAGA